GCGAUCUGCAGAGAGCGAGACAACAAAAGACAAAGUAACGCAGGGAAGUAGCGACAGGACAUGAGCGGGACUGCUUUACACACGACGGAUCGGUACUCAUUAUAUGUGGUAGGGAGAUUGGACGGACCAUUAGUGUUAGUGAUCAUAGAACUCCAGCUCCAUACCAGACUAUGCAUAGUUGAGGAGGCAGAGUGUGUCCGCCGCGCGCUGCAUGAGGCUAGGGGAACAAGACUUUGGAUUGGAAUAGAAGGAGGACGGAGGAUAAAAUACGUACUCCAAGUGACACCUUUCGAAGGGCGGUCUCGGAUAAGGGCAUGGUACGAGACGACCAGAGAGGCUGAGAGGUUGAAGAUAAGCGAAGCCAGGAAAGCUGGAGAGUUAGGGAGAGUUGUAACAGAUGGUGCAAUACUCAGGGUGUUAGCCGCUCACGACCGGUACUGGAAGGAAUCGAUAAAGACUUUAGAGGCGAUAGAGGAUGGUGGAGAUAAGGAGGACUUUGAAAUAUUUUAUAACAUAUUGGAGCGGUCGGCGAUGAGGUUACAAGUUUGGGACUGCGAUCUGUCUCAAAAUAGAGGUCCUGUCACGGAUGUACUGCAGAUCCAGAAAGGCACGGCCUUGUUGGCCGAUCCCGAAGGAGAGGUUUACUUAGACACAGGGAUUCUUGGGAUAGAGGGAGAGCACGAGAUCCGCGACCGGUACAGGAUACUAGAAGUGGUAAUCAAGGCGGUCGAGAACCGAGACCGCAGAGAUCGCGAGCCAUUUGCGCGAGGAAGGAGGCUGGAUGAUUACCCGCGAAGCCCUCGCUAUGAGGCCGGUCGGGGUAGAGGCGACUCCCGCGGCCGAUGGGAGACAGAUCACGGCCGACGAGAUGGAUAUAGGGAUGACAGAUACGAGAGAUCGGACCGAGAUGGAUAUAGAGACGACAGAUACGAGAGAUCGGAUCGAGACGGAUAUAGGGACGACAGAUACGAGAGGUCGGGUCGAGAUGGCUACAGAGGUGGUAGGUAUGAAAGAGGAGAUCGGGACUGGGAACGACGAGAUGGGUCGCGCGGACGGUUUGAGUGCGGGGAAGAUGCGAGAGAGCAGCGCGACGAGUCGCGGGGGUGGUACAACCGAGGGGACCGACGCGAUGAGUCACGAGGGCGAUAUGACUCGGGGGACCGCCGGAAUGAUUCACGAGGGCGGUAUGAGCAAGGAGGGUCUGGAGGAGACCGCCGCAACGAUUCGCGCGGUCGGAAUGAGAGAGGGGGAUAUGACGUCUCAUCAGAACUACAUCCCAAGUCGCCUGACCCCAAGGCACCCAGGAGUUCGAUCUCUACAAGCGCAGACGACAGACCAUCUACUCCCAGGAACUCAUGCGUCUACUGCAGAGGAGAAGAUCAUAUCAAGAGGGACUGCCCGGACCUCAAACGGGCAAUAGAUGAGGGACUUGUCGUGCUUGAUGACCGCAAGUACGUCAAGUGGGCAGAUGGUCUGGGAGAUGUAUCGAUGUUCUCUUCGAUGAAGGAGAAUGUCGAAGCAAGAAGAGUAAAGCCGAGUAAAGAAAAGGAGCCGGUCAUGAGCCAGAGCAUCAAGAUAACCUUUAAGGGGGAUAUGGCUACCACACCCAUAAAGGUGGCAGCCACCAAGUCGGCGAGAGGGUCUACAUCGAAGAAGACUGACACGGAUUACGUGAUGACGGAGAAGGACGGGCAGCGGGUCGAUGGAGAGGAGGUUAUCCUUUCGCCGCGAAAGAGGGGAGUGAAGAAGUUUUUAAUGAAGAGUUCGCUUGACGAGAUUGACACGGUCGAGCCAUUGAGGCGGGCCCUUCGGCAACCCAUGCAGUGCUCUAUUCUGAAGUAUCUGGCGGCAUCGAAGCCGGCUCGUGAUGAGUUACAGAUGAUCACGCGAAAGACUCGCAUACCUCUAUCGGAGGAGGGUCAGGGGGCCCCUAAGGCGGAAGCUUCUACAGUAGCAGUAACGGGGGUGACUGCGAGAGCGGAUCGCAUGGCGAUAGUCCUUCUCGAUGGAAUGGAAGGUGUGCCUCCAGACAAGUUUUAUAUACUUGGUAGCGGGGYCGUGGAGACGAUUAUAAACGAUGGAGCGAUACUCGAUGCUGUGAUCGAUAAUGACAGUGAGGCUGUCAUCAUAGACGAGGACCUGGCAGCACAGGUUGGACUGGGCCUCGAUAGGUCAUACCUAUUCAAGAUAGAGACGGCUGAUGGGAGAAAGCAACAGAUCACUGGGGUUUGUCACAAGGCAGCCAUARAGGUCCAAGGGGUACGAUUGACCCUGCCUGUCGUUGCAGUCAAGAACUGCAGCUCCGACCUGCUCUUGGGUCGAACGUGGUUGAGCCACGUGCAUGCAGUGACGAUAUAGCGACUUGAUGGGAGCCAUACAUUGUCCAUUAGGAAGCCAGAUGGGACGCGGGUAAUGAUUGAGACAGUGGAGCCUCGGGACCCGAGGAACAGAGCAGCUCUCGCUGUGGGUGCGAGACCCAGUGAUCAGAUUAAGUCGUUAYCUAUCUCCGGCCGCGUGGUGCGAUUUCGCGAGAAUAAAUAUGGACCACUGCU